AUGGCAUAUACAGAGACUCCUGAUUCCCACCGAACCAUCCUAAUCGUCCUAACAGCCCUUUCAUUUCUUCCCCAGCUUUACCAGCUUUGGUCCAAAAAAGACAGCAAAGGCAUCUCCAUCAGCUACGUCCUAGCCAACCUCCUCGUCGCAACUGAGCAAUUAACGCUCGUGACAUACGUGACAAUAAAUGUCCCUGAAUCAGCCGGGGGAUCCUUCACCCACGACCCCCUGAGCACCGGCGACUGGCUCAAUCUUGUCCAAACCCUCGUGACCUGGCUUCUAUUCCUAGUCCUCUUUUCCCUAUGCCUCCACCUCUCCCCCCCUCGUCACAACAGCCGCCCAUACAUCAAUAUGUACGCCCUAUUCCUCCCCAUCUCCCUUAUUCCCGAGGCAAUCGACCUAGUGGGCGGAACCCCCAACAGCACCUCCUGGCCGCGACAGGACUACCAACAGAUGUUUGCCUUCUUUCACGCCAUCCUCAUCAACCCGAUCGUCACACUUAUUGGGGCUCUUUCGUUCUUCUUCCAGGCGGCCCAGACACAGCACUACCAUGCUAAACAGUCCGCGCUCAGCCUCUGGGGACUCGCGGUGCAGACGGUGGUGUUUGCGCUCGUGGCGACGUCGUGGGUGUGGCGAGUCGUCUAUGCCGAGGCGUGGGAUCCGCUUUUUGGGAGUGACGGGUUCUGGCACUGGUAUUUCAGCUAUGGAUAUCCGGUUGUGGUUAAUGGGGUGUUUGCUGCUGUUCAGUUUGGCCUGCUUUUGUUUGUGGUCUGGAGGAGGUGGGGGAGGGUUGGGGAGGGGGGUAAAGGCGGGGAUGGCGAGACUGAGCCUCUAUUGGGUCCCUGA